AUGUCGCCGAAUUUGUUUAAAAUUUGCCUAUCCCUGCUUGUUUUAUGUGCCGUUUUGCAACAAAUUAUCGCACAGAGCAGGGUAUGUGGUCCGGCCAUAGAUGCUGUACUGGAUACUAUUUGUGAAAAUGGCUUUAACACAAAAUUCAAAAAGUCCAUGGAAUGGAAAGACCUUGACAACAAUUAUCCGCCUACCCGUUAUGCAUCCUUCCCUCUUCUAGCUGGGAUUCAUGGCGGUCAAGUUGACACAUUGGCUAAGACUCGACGGCGCCGUGAGGGUGUAUUCGACGAAUGUUGCCGCAAGCCUUGUACCUACAACGAGCUCUAUUCAUAUUGCAAAUAA